AUGAACAGCUAUAAUGAAUCUAUACAGAAAGCACAGUCUGAAGCAGAGCCAGUGAGGCCUCAUCAAUCAUUCUUUCAUGGAAGAUUCUCCAUCGAAGAAGGUGGCAUCGAACGUGUCACCGACGAAGAGCGACAACAGAAUACAACCAAGUUCUGGCAUGCUGCUACAUUCUGGUUCAGUGCAAACAUGGCUGUAGCCACCCUCAACAUCGGCUCCUUGGGAGGUUCUCUCGGCCUUCCCUUCUGGGACUGCUUCAUCGUCAUUCUCCUAGUCAACAUCACAAGCGAUUUACUACCAGCCUGGACAUCCGUAUUUGGACUAACAGGACUACGCAUGACGACGUUCUCACGAUACUCAUUCGGCUACUGGGGCAACAUGCUCGUCGUCAUAUUCUCCAUGAUCGCCACAACAGGUUGGAACGCAAUCAACUCUAUCUCCGGCGCAGCUGUCCUGCAUGCCGUCUCAGAUGGCCGGUUUCCCAUUUGGGCCGGCGUGAUCGUGAUCUGCGUGGCUGUCUGGGUCAUCUGCGUACUCGGUAUCAACUGGAUCCAUCGUCUUGACACAUUCAUCUGGAUCCCACCUUUAAUUGUGUGGUGUGUUGCUGCUGGGACGGGUGCUUCACAGCUCACGAGCGAGGACCAUGUUCAUCUUCAGGGCUCAAACAAAGCUGCUGCUAUUCUUACAUACAUGGCUUUGAUAUUCUCCUUCUCGGUUUCCUGGGUGAAUUGCGCGGCGGAUUAUAAUGUGCGCAUGCCCAAGGAUACACCGCGCUGGCAGAUCUUCAGUGCUACCUAUGUGGGUAUCUUUGUUCCUACUGUGCUUGUUCAGACUCUUGGUGCGGCCUUGUAUACAGGCACUAUAACCAAUACAGCGUGGAAAGAGGCGUAUACGGCUUCUUCGAUUGGGGGGUUGCUCAAGAUGGCACUGGAGCCGGCAGGGGGAUUUGGGAAGUUCUUGAUGGUGCUUGCGGCAUUGAGCUCAAUUCCAAAUAACAUCCCCAACAACUACUCCUUUGCACUACACGCACAGAAUCUAGGACCGUGGGCUAUGCGCAUUCCUCGUGUGAUUAUGGUCACUCUUGGAUUCAUCGCAGCGAUAGUCGUUGGUUGUUGUGCAGCCAGGUAUUUCUCGGAUACUCUGCAGACAUUGCUUAGUGUGAUUGGGUACUGGACUGUGAUCCACAUCACUCUGGUAAUGGAAGAGCAUUUCAUUUUCCGGCAUGGAUGGAAUGGAUGGAAUGGAUAUGAUUUCGAUGCUUGGAACAGCAUUGCUGAUUUGCCAUUCGGAUGGGCCGCCAUCGGGGCUUUCGGAUUCGGGUUCCUCGGUGCUGCUCUUGGCAUGAAAACCGCAUGGUAUUCGGGUCCUAUUGCUUCUUUGAUUGGCAAGAAAGGUGCAAAUAUAGGCCACGAGUUGACCUUUGCAUUCUCUGGGGCUGUAUUCCCUCUGUUCCGGUGGAUUGAAAGGCAUUAUGGGGGUCGGUGA